UUUCAGUUUGAGGCCAAAAUUUUCUUUGUCAAUUUGUUCUAGGCGCUAGCGAAACAGGUCAGCAAGGCACAGCAGAAUCGUGAACUGCACGUGUAAAUGUUGCUUACGGCCUCCUGCUCCCUCAAAGUCAGAACAUUACCAUUCCCCCCAUCCAGCUCACCUUCCCCCCUCCUAGGCAACGCCAUUGGCGUACUCAUCGCGCUCGAACUUGCCAAAUCCGGCACGGGUGUCCGGCCAUCAACCAGCGAAUCGCUCAUCGAGCUCGAAUUCAUAGCAUCAAACGUGCUCGCUUCUGGCAGUGGCGUAUUACCCAGCUCAAACCCCGGCUUCAUAGCUGCAGGUGUCGCGAUCUUCCCAUUCAAUAAGCCAUUAACCUGUCUUGUGCGGUUCGCGGUUGCGCUCUUCAACAUGGGCGUGAAUUCAUUCUUCGCCUUUGGGUUCCGCAGCGCGGCGAGUGGAUUGCGGGGAGUGGAAAUGGCUUGGCGCGCGCCGCGCAUCUGCUUGAAGAGGUUGUCACGGUCGGCGGGUGCGUGGAAGGAUGGCUCGAUGCUGAGAUCUAGGUCGGCUUGGGUUUCGUGGAAGCGCGUAUGGUCGGCCACGGUGGAGGGCGUGUUGAGGAUGUGCGCCAUGGUGGGUGGGUUUAUAUGGUGUUAUUUGUAACGCAUGAGCGAGAGAAAUAGAGGAAUUGAGCGGGUGCUCG